AUGACAAGGGGGGUAGUUGCAUGUAAGAAACGAUGGUAUAAGAUCAACAAGGCUGUUGCACAAUUUGCUGGUUGCUACGAUCAAGCUAGUCGAAACAUAAGGAGUGAUUCGAACACUGAUGAUAUAAAGGAGUUGGCUUAUAAACUUUAUUCCACAAAUUAUGGUCAAAAAUUCACUUUUGAGAGGCAUUGGAACAUGCUUCAGUUGGAGCAAAAAUGGAGAAGCCAACUACCUACACAGAGUGGCGGCUCAAAGAGAACCAAGGUUAGUGCAACUGGAGCAUACUCAUCCUCAUCAAACCCAGAAACACCGUUGGCUGACGAACCCGGUGUGGACUCUCCCGUUCGCCCACAAGGAUCAAAGAAGAGCAAGCGAAAAGAUAAGGAAAAAGCACAGAUGUCUGAAGAUUUUAGCGAAAGAAAAUCAUCGGUUGUCAAAAAAUUAUCUCUCAUGAAAGAUAUUAAGAAUGUUAGAGAAAAGGAACUAAUGGAUAGGGAAAAAGAAAGAGAAGAGGAGAAGGAACAUAGAGCAAAGAUUAUGGCAAUCAAAGAGAAGGAGUUACAAAUUCAAGCGGCAAUGAAAGAACAAGAAUUACAAACUCAGAGGUAUAUUAAAGAAAUGGAGAUAAAAGCAAAAGAAAGGGAAAUGGAUAUGCAAAUACUUAAUGCUGACACGUCUACAAUGAGUGAGAAACGACGAGCUCUUCAUGAGAUUGCAUAUGAACCGGUGUAUAAUGCUGACAUUUUUCGACAGAGAUUUCGAAUGAGAAGAGAUGUGUUCCUUCGGAUAGUAGACGCUCUCUCAAACGUCUAUCCGUAUUUUCAACAGAGGGUUGAUGCAACUGGAAGAAGAGGCUUGUCACCACUCCAGAAAUGUACCACUGCGAUACGGAUGUUAGCAUAUGGCGUAGGAGCUGAUGCUGUUGAUAAUUAUGUGCGCAUAGGCGAGAGCACUACAAUUGAAUGCUUGGAAAAAUUUGUUGAAGGUGUCAUUUCGGUGUUCGAGAAUGAAUACUUGCGAAAACCCAAACCAAAUGACGUACAACGCCUGCUACAAAUGGCGGAGGGUCGUGGCUUCCCUGGCAUGCUGGGUAGCAUUGACUGCAUGCAUUGGCAAUGGAAAAAUUGUCUAAAGGCGUGGAAAGGUAUGUACAUGAGUGGUUAUCGUGGGGUUGCAACCAUAGUACUUGAGGUUGUAGCAUCUUCAGACCUUUGGAUAUGGCAUGCGUUCUUUGGAGUUUCUGGUUCAAAUAACGAUAUCAACGUGUUAGAUCGUUCUCCAAUAUUCGAUGAUAUUCUAAAUGACCGUGCUCCGGGGCCAAAAGGGGAGAAACGCAAGUUAUUUGCACAAUACCAAGAAGGGCAAAGAAAAGAUGUGGAGCGAGCAUUCGGAGUGUUGCAAGCAUGCUUUGCAAUUAUACGUGGUCCAGCUCGUUUUUGGGAAAAGAAGAAGUUUGCCAACAUAAUGAGAGCUUGUAUUAUAUUGCAUAAUAUGAUUGUUGAGGAUGAAAGAGACACUUAUGCAGGAAAUUUUGCUCAGGGCUUGGAGUAUGAUGAUGUCGAAAAUGGCUUAUCACAACCUCAGCUGGGAGAAGAAGAUUUUGCACCAUACCAUCAAUUUCUCCAAAGAAAUGCCCAACUUCGAAAUAGGCAGCAGCAUAGACAAUUGAAAGAUGACUUGAUUGAACACAUAUGGCAAUUUCACAAUGCUUGUCGUCAACUAUAA